GAUGAAAACUGACACCAGAAAAGAAAACUGGUACGAGAGGGAGUGGAAUGCUAAAAUUUCCUAUUUCAUAAACGAAAAAUAGCGAUGUUUAAAAUAUGAUGAGAAUAUCAAUGAGUUAUUUUCAUAUUAGAUGGGCGUAGAUUAUCUCAGCUUACUCUUUGGUCAUAAUUGAUGAGCUAAAAAUAUGCCUUUUGAAUUGAAGUUGAAAAAAUCUAAACAUUACAAUGUUGUGUCGAAAACAGUGUUUGUUAUAUCAGUGGAAAUGUUGGAUAAUAUCACUGUUGAAUGUACAUUAACUUCAGAAAGUACAGGUCAGGAAUGCCUCGAAAUAGCUUGUCAGAAACAUGGGAUAAUGCAGCCAAUGUUCUUUGGAUUGCAGUAUAUCAGUAGAAAGAAAGAUUCUCCUUGCUGGCUUGAAUUGGACAAACCCAUAAAAAGGCAGCUUGAUAAAUAUGGCAAGAAUCUUUGUGUUUUUAUGCGUGUUAUGUACUAUAUUAUUUCUGGAGUACAACUGCUGAAUGAUGAAACAACAAGGUAUCAUUAUUUUCUUCAACUGAAAAGUGAUAUAGCUGAGGGAAGGAUAGCUUGUAAUCCACAACAGGCUGUUGAAUUAGCGGGUUAUUGUAUGCAGGCUGAAUUUGGAAAUUUUGAUGCUGAAAGACACACUUCAAAUUAUCUAAAGGACUUCCAGCUUUUUCCUAAGACUUUCAAAGAUCCUGCUCUCUUGGAAUCACUCACUGAAGCUGCUAUACAACAGCAUGCAGCUCUAAAUAAUUUACCACAAGGUACAGCUGAAGAAUAUUAUAUUUGUGCCUGUCAAAAACUCGAUGGAUAUGGACAAGAGGUGUAUACGGUGAGGAGUGGACGGACAUCGGAGGAGGCAAUAGUGGGAGUAUCAUUAAUUGGAGUGGGAGUAGAAUACAUUCAAGCCAAGCAAUCUCGUCAUUUCAAUUGGUCAGAAAUCAGUAAUGUCAUCAAUCACAAGAAAGAUUUUACAAUUGAACUGGUGGGAGGUUCAGAAAAAGUCGAGUUUUCUUUUCCUGACGUUGAAAGUGCUAAGGGAUCUUGGAAGUUCUGUGUUCUUCAGCACAUGUUUUACAGACAGCACGAAAUGAGCAUGCAUCCACAAAACGAUUCCGAGAAAGAAGUCACACAGCCUACUUUUCAACAAGCGAGCACAGAGGACAUGUUGAAGCAAGUGGAAAGCUAUGAAGAUAUAACAAACUCCCAUCAUCAUUGGGACCGAGCCAUGUCCGCUCAGAACCUGAAUCAGCGCGCCCAAUCGACCUCCUGUCUGGAUCUCAACAAGCAAACCAACGACAUGGAUCAUCUUCGAAGUCUCCUACCCUCGUAUAGACCGGCGCCCGAUUACGAGACGGCCAUGCAACACAAGUAUAGGAAUUCGUCGGGCGCCAUCCCGUCCAGGGAACCCAUGAAGAUGUCCAACCACGCCGUCUUGUACAGUUCCCAGCCGGAGAUACAUCAAACUGAACUGUUCAGGUAUCCCGAUGUGACCCAUAAUAACGUCGAACAGAGAAAUCUCGCCUCUCACAUGUUCAAUUCGAAUUUUACGAGAUCUCAGAUCCUCGCCACCGAACAACAGAGGAGGAAUCAGGGGGAAGCCGUGCAUUUGUACAAGCCUCCCCCGCCCUAUCCCAGCAACAAGAUCAGCUCCAACUCCACCCCGGAUCUGGCCUGCAUCUCGCAUCCCAAGAGGUUCAAUUCGGUGAUCAACAACAUAGUGAGCGGUUCGAGUCCUGACCUCGUAUCGACCAGCAACUUUUAUCUGAAACAUUACGGUCAAGCGAUGUACCAUCAGGCGCAACCGGUGCACCGAUCCCACAGCUAUCUGCCGCCUCAACACGACACGUACGAGAACCUGGCCAGCAUCUUCAACAACAACAACAUGAUGGGCAGACCGCCGUCGGCGGUGAUCGUCGAGAAUCCCAACGUGACCAAGCACAUCAAGAAGGUGUACGACGAGCACGGCAACAUAAUCUACUGCAUGCCGCCCAACAUGAAGCAGAUCCUGCAGGAGAACCAACUGCCGAGCACGGGAUUCGUGGUGACGAGGAACCAGAACGCGAUGGUCGCCUGCGAUCCUCACCUGAACGGUUCCGCAGAACCGAUCUACGAGAACAUACCGUUGCCGUGGCAGAACGAGGGCGAGGCCAGGGCGAGGACGCAGAGCAUCCAUUCGGCGCCCGAGAUGGGCAGGGUGAUGGGACAGAACGAGAUGGUGGGACAGUUGCAGACUCAAUUUCAACAGAUCAGCAUCGGGAACUCCGGAAAUCCGGACGCUCACAUCGAAACGCUGUACGCCAAAGUCGACCGAAACAGACAACAGCAGCAGCAACAGCAACAGCAAAAUCGCCAGCAAGAACAAACCAGAGGCAACAGCAGCCUGACCAGUCUGCAGGACAGCGGACUGAACCGGUCGAGACACGAGCUGAGGUCUUCGAAUCCCCGACUGAACGACAACGGUAGCGACACCGUGAGCAGAACGAGCACCUUCAUAGUGAACAAGGACUCUCCGACCUCGUCUCCCGGCCAGAGGAAUUCGAGCUACGCGAACAGCAGCCUCAACAGCGCCGACGUUACCGCAACCGAUACCAGCGUCUCCUCCAACUCCAGUUCUAAAUCGAAGAAGAGGAGAUGGGGCAUACUGAUCGGAAGGAGUAAAUCGACGGAGAAAGUUAAGAGCGCCACCCUGGGCAGGGAGAAAAAGAAAGAGGACAAGAGUCAGAGCAAUAACAAGCAUAGGUGGUCUACGGGGUUGCCCAGGUUCAAUCCCCUUCCGCCUUCCAUCAGCAAAGAAACCAUGUGCCUUUUACUGGAGAACAAACUAGCCGAUAGCCAGUUAUUUUUCGAAUUCGACAAGAUACCAAAGAAGAAACAGAACGCCGAUUUCACGACGGCCCUCUUGAACGAAAAUGCCGCCUUUAACAGGUUCAAAGACGUGCUGCCUUACGAGGACAACAGGCCCAGGUUGACGCCGUCCCGCGAUAACAAAUACGGUUACAUCAACGCCUCUCACAUCACAGCGACAGUUGGAAGUAAGCAGAGGUUCUACAUAGCGGCCCAAGGUCCGAAUCGGCUCACCCUGCCCUAUUUCUGGCAGUGCGUUUGGGAGGCCGAAGUGUAUCUGAUUGUGCAACUUACCGAUCUAACCGAGGAACUUGGUUAUCUUCCAGACGCGGGGGAAAGAUGCAUAGAUGUUGGACAGGACUUCCAAGUGUGGUGGGAAUUCAGUCAGACGACUGGUCAUUGCGUGACCAGCAAGAUACGACUGUGUCACGUGUCUUCGAGAAGAUACAGGAUCCUGUGGCAUCUGCACUAUUCGGACUGGGGGGAUCAGGGAUGCCCGCAUUCGGUGGCGCAUUUCCUGGGCUUCCUCGAAGAGAUGCAAUCGGUCCAUCAACACUCGAUGGGCGAGAUACCGCCCGGUCACAACAAGAACCCGCCGAUAUUGGUGCAUUGUACGGCGGGCGUGGGCAGGACCGGCCUGACCAUCUUGAGUGAUCUGCUCUUGUACACCAUAGAUCACAAUCAAGAGGUUUGUAUACCGAGGGUGGUAACUCUUCUACGCUACCAGAGGGCGUACAUGGUGCAGACCAUUGCUCAAUACCGUUUCGUGUAUUCACUCUUGAUACACUACCUGAAACAAACCAGACUAAUCUGAUUGACGCCAUAUUUCUAUCUAGAAUUUAGAAAAAUUUCUUGGUUAUACUUAUUCGUAACGAUUUUGAAUUGCUUUAUCCCAUUGAUUGAAAUAAUUUUUAAAAGAUCUUCAGAAAAUCAUAGUCGUUAUCCUUUAGAGCCAUCGAUGGUGAUGAGUCAUCUUAUGUGCCAAAUUUAGUAAUUAUACAUGUUCAAACUUUUUGAUAGUUUUAAACUGACGAAGGGACUGUCAAAUUUGAAUCUUUCAACUGAACGAAGAAGUAUCUUAAGUGCAAUAGACCACAUCGUUUCACCUUGAAAACACGAUAUUCUUAAUAUGAAUUUAGUUUGUUUUGCAACCAGUAUUUUUUCAGCUUUAACUUGACCAUUUUGAUAUCGUUCUUGGAAAUCACUUUUCUUUGGGAUAGUAACAUAUUUCCUGGUAAAUUUUUUUUUCUUCAAUAAUUUUUUUAAUUUUUUUUUUGUAGAUAUUGAUACUUCUUUAGUGUUUUGUUUUUACAUCUAGAUUUAUUUAUAUAGUUUUCCAUGAAAGUGAUCAAUCAAGUACAUACGUAUAAGAUUAAAAGAAAGUUUAUGUAACCAGAGGUUUUUAUUUGAAAAAAUUUGAACUUGUUUUUCCCGAAAAUACAGACAGCUAAGUUUAUUGACUUUGAAAAAAUAUUGAUUUCCAAAUAUGAUGAACUGUUGAAUUAUUUGAAACGAUUAUAAAGAUCAAGUUGAAAUAUAUUUGUAAUUAACAUUAUCAAUUGUGAAUCUCGAAGAAGAUAAAUGAAAAUAGCUUUAAGAGAAAUUAAUUAACCCAGUGCAGCUUUGUGAAUGAUUUUACAAUAUUCUGUAAUCUCGCAUAAGCUAAUUAUACCGCAGCUUAACUUGAAAUUUAGUUAUGUAAAAACAAUUCAACAUUAUUAUUAACUUUUGAUUGUAUGUCCAUAUAGAUAUGUUAUUUUAAAUGUAUUAUAUUUUUUUUUAAUUUGUUUAUUAAAAACUAUAUGAAGUUUACCAAUAGAAUUUAAAGGCUGUGUAAAUAAAAAAAAUUAAAUUAUAUAUUUAGGUAUAGAUAUAUACAAUGAUGGAAUUGUAUUAUUUUGAUUACUCACAGUGCCUUAACUAGAAAUGAAAGCAAUGUUGUGGAUAAUUACAUAAAUGAUUUUUCAAUAAAUUUUCAAAAUAA